GGAACACAUGUCUCUAUGGUUGCUGCCCUGGAGAGAGCGGCCAGCAGCAGGGCAAUGGCGGCGCUGUCGCGGGGUUAUGACGUCACUGGUCUCUCCUCCACUAAGUGCCAGCAUGGAAGGGAAGAGAGGCACUGAGGCUGGAAGCAGGGCAGCCCCCCAGGAGCCAGCCAUGGGGGAGUUGCUGGGAGACGAAUGCUAUGCAGAUUUUUUACGGGAAGACUUUGACGUAAAGGCAUACACUUCACAAUCGAUUCAUCAAGCUGUUAUAGCUGAACAAUUAGCAAAGCUUGCCCAAGGAAUCAGUCAGCUGGAUAAAGAGCUCCAUUUGCAAGUAGUUGCGAGACAUGAGGACUUGCUGGCACAAGCAACUGGCAUAGAAUCUUUGGAAGGUGUUCUUCAAAUGAUGCAGACCCGAAUUAGUGCCUUGCAGAGUACAGUUGACAGAAUCAGAGCCAAAAUUGUUGACCCAUACAACAAAAUUGUCUCUCGCACUGAGCAAUUAGCUCGGCUUCAGGCUGCCUGUGACUUGCUGCGGAGAAUAAUACGCAUCCUGUAUCUCAGCAAGAGACUACAAGGGCAGCUGCAGGGAGGAAGCAGAGAGAUAACAAAAGCUGCUCAAAGCCUCAAUGAGCUUGAUUACCUUUCUCAAGGAAUAGAUCUCUCUGGAAUAGAAGUAAUUGAAAAUGACCUGCUCUUUAUUGCAAGAGCUCGACUUGAGGUUGAAAACCAGGCUAAACGGCUGCUUGAGCAAGGAAUAGAAACUCAGAAUCCUACUCAAGUAGGUACCGCCCUUCAGGUUUUCCAUAAUCUUGGAACUUUGAAAGUCACAAUUACUAAUGUUGUGGAUGGGUACUGUACAUCCUUGGAGGAGAACAUCAGUAAUGCCUUGGAUAUUAAAGUUUUGACUCAACCCUCUCAAACAACGGCUAGAGGUGGUCCUGGGCGUGCAGCAAUGCCAACACCAGGAAAUACUGCAGCCUUUAGAGCAUCUCUGUGGACUAAUAUGGAAAAAUUGAUGGAUCAAAUCUGUGCUGCUUGUGGACAGGUACAACAUCUGCAGAAAGUACUGUCUAAGAAAAGAGAUCCUGUUACACAUGUUUGCUUCAUUGAUGAAUUAGCAAAGGAUGGUCAGUCAGACAUUUUGUACAUAUUUUGGACAGCAGUGACACAGACUCUUGCCUCUCAGUUUCAGAAAGCAACUGACUCUUCCAUGUUUUUGAAGCAAGCUUUUGAAGGCGAAUACCCUAAAUUAUUAAGACUAUAUAAUGAUUUGUGGAAGCGACUUCAGCAAUACAGUGAAAAUAUUCAAAGAAAUUUUAUUACAAAUGGGAGUGCAGAACACUUUGCUGAGCUUCAACAGAUUGAAGAUGAUGCACAAGAUAUAUUCAUGCAAAAGAAACAAGAUUAUGAUCCAGAAAUAGCCCUGAAAGACUCUUUGCAACCCUAUGAAGCUGCCUACUUGUCAAAGUCAUUGUCCCGACUCUUUGACCCCAUCAACCUUGUCUUUCCCCCUGGAGGUCGCAGUCCUCCUUCAACUGAUGAACUUGACAGCAUCAUUAAAACCAUUGCAAGUGAGCUGAAUGUAGCUGCUGUGGAUCCAAACCUCAGCUUAGCAGUAUCAAAAAAUGUGGCAAAAACCAUCCAGCUUUUUGGUGUGAAGUCUGAGCAGCUUCUGUCUACACAAGGAGAGGCCAGUCAAGUGAUUGGACCAUUGACAGAAGGACAGAGAAGAAAUGUGGCUGUAGUGAAUUCAUUAUAUAGGCUACACCAGUCAGUGCUAAAAGUGGUGUCCAGCCAAAGUGCCUUUCCAGCAGCUUCUGAAGAAACAGUUAGCACAGCUUUGAAGAUAGUCCAUGAUUUGAUGGGAAAUGCCGUGCAACCUUUACUGAACUCAGUUGGUGACUCAGUAGAAGCUAUUAUCAUCACUAUGCAUCAGGAAGACUUUUCUGGGUCACUACCCACUUCAGGAAAACCAGACACCCCUUGUUCUCUGUACAUGAAGGAGCUCCAGGGUUUCAUUUCAAGAGUCAUGAAUGACUAUUUCAGGCACUUUGAAUGUUAUGACUUUGUCUAUGAGAGUACUGAAGCCAUUGCUCAGAGAGCAAUUGAAAUUUUUAUCCGCAACGCCAGCCUGCUAAGGCCAUUGGGUGAAGGUGGGAAGAUGCGGCUUGCUGCUGACUUUGCGCAGAUGGAGUUAGCAGUGGCUCCCCUCUGCAGGCGAGUGUCUGAUCUGGGGAAGUCCUACAGACUCUUAAGAUCAUUCAGACCAAUGCUGUUCCAAACUAGUGAGCAUAUUGCCAAUAGCCCGGCCGUGGGAGAUGUUAUUCCAUUCAGUACUGUUAUUCAGUUCCUAUUUACAAGGGCACCACCUGAAUUAAAAUCUCCAUUCCAGAGAGCUGAAUGGACCAUUGCGCGUUAUUCCCGGUGGCUUGAUGACCAUCCAUCAGAGAAGGACAGGCUCAUUUUAAUACGAGGUGCACUGGAAGCUUAUGUUCAGUCUGUAAGAAGUAGAGAAGGAAAGGAAUUUGCACCGGUCUAUCCCAUAAUGAUACAAUUGCUGCAGAAAGCCCUAUCUACUGUUCAGUAAAAUGCUUCUUGGAAGAUCCUGGGACUCCAAUGAUACAGUCAAAACAGCACUGGUAGCAUAAUACUUCAGAAUCAACAUGAACAGUCUCACCUUCUUUCUCUCAAGCAUCUACCAUGAGCUGUGUACAGGAAUCAGAAACACUUUACAGUCUUCUACUUUUCUGGCAUAAAAACCUCUGUGAUCUUCUUGUGCUAUCUCUUGGUUUUAGAAACCAGGUAGCAUUUUUAUGACAAGCUUUUGUUUUCUGCAUUUGAUUUAAAAAAGGAUCUUAACAGGAUUUCCAUGUGAAUAAGACUGAAAUCUACAAAACCCACAUUUAUGUGAUUAUUCAUUUGCUUUUCAGCAAGAAUCCUACAGCUUCAAACUAACUUAUUUUAUCUUUCUUAUGAUUUAAAUCUGCAUAUAAUAAAGAAUUAUAUACAGUG